AAGCCUUGGCGUGAUCGGCUGCAGAGCGAGAAAGACACAAAGAAGAAUGUUUAGCUGAAAAUCAAGCGAAGAUUCAAAACAUCGAUCUUAACUGAACGGCUUGGAGCUCGGCGCUUUACUGCAUUAGAACAGCUGCAGAUAAACAUCAUCAUGUCUGGAGACCUGGAUCUCUCCCCUCCAGAGGUUCCCGAGCCCACCCUUUUCGAGAAUCUCUUGCGCUAUGGCCUUUUUCUUGGAGCUAUUUUCCAGCUCGUCUGCAUUUUAGCCAUAAUUAUACCCACAUCCAAGAGCCAUGAACAGGAAGAGACUGCAGAGCCAUCUGACACCAAAGGUUCUGAGCAGAGCAAAAAGCCAAAGGCAGCUAUACAGCAGAUGCGACAGAAACCAAAAAAGGAGAGCAAGAAGAAGCGAUAAGGUUCUCGAGUUUGGAUAUGAGUGUGCCAGCAAGUGUGAGAGUGAAUGUUAGUUAUAGGUUGUGGGUGCUGCUGCUCAGAAACCUUCAUCAUGGACUCUCAACACGAAACAGUUUCCAUGUGAAAAGUCUGCAACAUUUCAUAUUUAAUUAACUGUGCUGAUGGUAGUCAAUUACUAUAGAACAUUUUUUUUACACUACUUACAAAUCUUCUUACAACACUUACAAAUUUUCUAGUUCUUUUGGUGAGAAUUUCCGUUUGUAGUAGUAGUUUUUUAUUUAUUUAUUGUACAAUAUUGAACAUUUUUCCUAUUUUUUUGUACCUAAAUUGGACUAUAUAUAAACUGAUCAUGGGCCCAUUCCCUUCCAUUCCCCAUUAGUAAUCUGAUCUUUUCUAUAUAUAGCUGAGGAAAGCUUAUCUGUAAGUUAAUCAUUGCCUUCAUUGCUCCUCUUUCAGCAACAUUUCAUUAACUUGUAAUACAAGUCCCUCCAAUAAAUGACUUUCAUAAGAGACACUGUUUUAAACCUGCACAUUCUGUAAUUACUAAAAACGUAGCAGCUGUAAUCAGGAAAUACUGUACAUCAGCUUAGGAACACAAUAUUAAUAUUCUAGCCUUUCUACAACAUUUAUGCUGGUUCUCUAUAGUUGUCAGUUUUCCAUCAGUCUACAGGAAACAUCAAAUAUACAUUGUAGAUGCAGUUCUAUUGCUUUAUUAUAGUGAAUUUAAUAUGAAUGUACAGCCAUAAAUACAUAUUCAUAAAACAAAGACGCUUCAUAAGCAUUAUUAAAUGAGAACAUCUGUGAUAUAAAAAUAUCAGGAGAAAAAAGACUAAAAUUGAUAUUGCUCAACAUUUUGUACUUUCACAAAUUAGAAAAGAAAUAGGUUUUAAAGGACCAAUGAGUAACAUGUUCUGUUAAAAGCUAAAAACAGCACAAUUCAAUGUCGACUAAAAACCAAAUCUUUUUAACAGUAGUUAAUACUCAAGGAUAAAGUGCUUUCUCUGACACUUUGCUAGUUAUUUCACCAUCAGUAAUGAGUAUCACUAAAGCAUUACAGGACACUGUUACUUACUGCUCCUUUAAAAACCUCUGGAUAUGAAAUAAAGAACUUUGUAUAGACGUAAAGUUUGAAGAAGUGUCUUCUUCUUUGGAAGAAGCUGUUUUUCUGUGUCGCCAAUCACUGUUCACUGGUGUGGACAGUCAGAUCUUUUCUGAUCACUUCAUUCACUGUGAGAACAGAAGAGAAAUGUUACAGGGAUGACUUAUGCAAAUAUCUGCAUACUCUACAGUGAGAUGAGGCUGUUCUAGGACCUGUAAAGUUAAAGCUACUGCAUACAACAAAUGAAAAUUACAGAAGCUUAAGAUGUUGCUGUGAUAUACAGGCUUCUGCCAGAGUAGUGAGUGUGAAAUGCGCAGUCAGGGGUACUGCAGUAUGGGCCCCGCCUAGAUGAGAAUUGUGCAUUAGUUGAUCACUAGGGGGCAGUAUUGUUCGUCAACUGGCAAUCUAAUGCUUCAUUUGGCUUUGCUUCCUGUUGUUGAACAAGAGUGGGCUAAAAUUGGAAACUUUUCUCCCUCUCCAGUCUAAUUUUAGAUCAAGGUGGUUGUUACAGGUAGCACUGGGCCUUAAAUAGAAGGCAAAGUGCCACAGUGACACUUCAACUCCUACGAUAGUCACCGCAGAAUCACUGUAGUGCAGAUGAGACUGUGGGACCGUCCGACACAUCAAAUGGUAAACAUAAUGUCAGUUAUUACUCAUCAUACUUAAUGCUGGUUAAUCGUCAAGUUGGGAUACCAAUUAGUACACCAAGCUUUUUCAAACUGAACAAUAAACACUGAUUUCCUCCAUUAAACGAUCCAUAUCCUAUA